AUGUCCACCACCGACGCGACAUCGUCGACGAGCGAUGUCAUCGACCCUUACGAGGUCUUGCAGCUCGAGCGCGACGCGAGCGACGAGGACAUUAAACGAAACUAUCGUAAACUCGCUCUCAAGCAUCAUCCAGACAAAUGCGACGGUGACGACGCACAGUUCAAGCGCAUCGCUCUCGCGCACAAGAUUCUGAGCGAUCCAAAAUCGCGCGCGGCGUACGAUAAGGGCGGCGUCGACGCCGUGCACGCGCCGGAUGUGCUGGACGCAGAGAUCGACAUCAGUGAAGCUGGGUUCGGGAGCACGCUCGCGGCGUCGAUGCUGAGCUCGCUCGGGGUGAACAUCAAGACCGCGGUGCCGAUGAAGGUGUUGGAAACGGUGCGAGCUGGCAAAGUAGCGAUCGCGCACAUUGAUUUUGGACAAAAAGUGAGCGAGAGCGUGCGAAAGGGUGAGAUUCGGUUGUUUCGAUGCGAGGUAACCGAGGCGGACGCGAGACGAGGGGUCGUCGUGAGCGUCACGUCGCCGGCGGGGGAUAAGUUUAAGAUUUUGAAGUUUGAUCAAGCGCGCGGGGCGAUGAGCGGGUUGGAGGUGUCGUUGCAGGAAGUGAGCUCGAGGUUCGAUUUGGUGAAGCCGAAACGCUCGCACGCUGGAUUCUACUUCACCGGCUCGCAGAGCUUCAAUUACGAGCCGAUGCACGCGGUGAAGCUGGCGAAGUUGGAAUCGAGGGAUUUGGCGGUGUUUCAUUCGCUCGAUAACUGGUCGCCGCGCGAGUGUGUCACGAUCGAGCCCGGCGAGCACGUCUUUGGCGUGUACGGCGACAACUUUUUUGAUAAGUGCAAGUUCGAGAUUGAAAUCUUCGCUGUCACCGAUGGUGGUGACUUAGACUUCUCCAAAAUCAAAGAGGUUGAGACGAAGCUAUCGAAUAAGAAGCACGAGUUGAUGAAGUUUGAGAAGGAAUACCUGGCCGCGAAGGUUGUCUUUGAGAAGGCUGUGGUGAGACAUCAAAGCGAAACGGAGGAAGUGAAGGCGCUCAUAGCCGCUCGCGAGGCGGCGUACUGCUCCUUAACACUUCCUUCGCCCGCAAUAGAGAGCGAUGAGUCUGCGAGCGCUUCGAGCGGAUUCACUAUGCCGACUAUCGAUACGAGCGCGUUCACGAAGAACUUUUCCUUCUCGAACCCAUUUGCGAAGAAAUGA